CCUGUGGUUCUGAGAGCUCAGUUGGGCAACUUGGUGUUUUUCCCCCAGCGUGUCAUGGUGUAGCUGUUACCCAAAGGAAGUGUGUCAUCACUGUGGUUUUAGUUCUCCCCUUAGAGCCACAUGUCACUGCACUCACAGGUUUGCCUAAACAUCACCAGCACUGCCCAAAUCUCCCUGCUGGGCACUGAUGGUUGUUUGCAUCCUAGGAGCAAAUACAUGAACACAGAAAUCUUAAUGUCAAAGGACUAAAGAUCUGAAACAUCCAUGCUCUGUUGACCACAUCUUGGCAAGGGGACUCAACAGGAAGAUGAAGGCAAAGAGAUGCAGCAACCCACACCUGGCCUUCCCUGCCAUGAUCAUCUUCUCCCUGUGCCUGCAAACGAGUGCAAACCACACAGGUUACCCUCACCUCAGAGAAGGAACCUGGAGUCCCAUCAGCCAAAACCUCAGUGGGAGCCAGAGCAGGACAGAAGAAAGCACAGACUCUCCUCUGAACCUCCAUUUCAGCAGCCAAAUGACCACUUCUGAAAUGCAAAGUACCCUGCCAUCCUCCUCCACAACGGCCCAAAAUUCAACAUCUUCCCCUGCCAAAACAGGAAGUACUCUGCCAUCCUUCCCCACAAUGACUCAAAAUUCAACUUCCCCUGCUCCAAGUGCAGUUUCCACCAUGGGAGGAUUGGGGGAAAGCAGCAAACCCAAGAGCCCAAUGACCAAAGAAACCUGUGAAGACAAUAAGUCUCUCAUACUGAUUUGCUUCAUUAUCAUUGCAGCUCUUGUGCUCAUCUGCAUCUCCCUGUUCCUGUCCACAGUCAUAGCAGCCAACAAAAUCUCGUAUCUGAAAAGAGCCCAGCAGGGCAAACGCAGGCCCAGGAGCAAUGGUGACCUCCUGGCCACCAGCAGCUUAUGGCCCACAGCAGCAGGGACGUGGCAGAGGAUGCCCAAGGAGACAAGUGGGACUGAGCUGAUAAUGCAGGAGCUGAUGUCAGGGAGGGAUGCUGUGAACCAAAGGAAAACCGAAGAUGAAACUACUGAGAAGCUCACCAAAGCAGCAGAUAAUGAACAAGAGAGCAAAGAACCAUCCCAGCCCCACAAACCCAUUUUAACCAAUUUUGUAGUUGAGAUUUAAUUCACACUCAGGUAAAAAAUCAUCUUUUGCCUUUGUUAGACCACGAAUGUAAGGCAAAAACUUGGAUUUCACGUAACAACAAGAAUUUCUCACCAGGAAACCUAAAUCCAGAUUUUAGGCUUCCCAUUUCUGCCAGUGGGAAUGCUUGCAGCCACGUG